AUGGCGAUUUGGAUUUCCAUCAUGAUAGAGAUAAUUCUCGUCCUCAACUUGCUUGUCUAUGUCUAUGGAGAGACGGGAUUCUGGUUUGCGUCAACUAAGAUUUUCACUAUCACCGGUUUAACGUUCUUCUCAUUCUUCCUCUUCUGUGGUGGUAUCCAAGGCCAGCAGAUUCGUGAUUUUCACUACUGGAAUAACCUCGGAGCAAUCUAUAAAUAUCUUGUAGGGGGCGUUGGGGGAAAAAUUUACCAACUUUGUAGCCGGUCUUAUCGGCGCAGUGAUGCCAGUCGUCCUCUCGUCGGAGAUGUUGAUUGUCUCGGUCGGCGAGAUGCAAUCGCCUCGUCACAGUCUUCCAAGUACGGCAAGAAAGUUCAUUUGGAGAAUCCUGAUCUUGUAUACUGGUGGUAUCUUGUCAAUUGGAGUAAUUUGCCCCGCUAA